AUGACUGUUCUGAAAGGUUGCAACUUUCAGGAACAGCCAGGACCGUUUGAAAGGUUGCAAACUUUCAUAAAUGGUCGUGUGGUUUCUGAAAGAUUCUGGUACAGUUUUACAGAUUCUGAAAUGGCAAAUGAUAAUGUUAUGGUGGCUGUUGCUGCACCAACCCGAACUGUUGUACCACAAGCAGAGAAACUGGGAAAAUUCUUUGGUAUGAAUUUCAAAGUAUGGCAGCAAUGGAUAUUUUUCUGGCUUACUACUCUUGGUUUGCAUAAAUUUACCAAUGAAGAAACUUCAGUGCCUGCUGCUGAUAUGUCAGACAGAGAAAGGUUCAUGAUUAUUGAAGCAUGGACACAGACAGGCUUCCUAUGUAAGGGCUACAUUCUGAGUGCUUUAGAGGAUGACUUAUAUAUUGUCUAUAGUGCAAUGACAACUUUGAAAGAAUUGUGGAAUGCACUUGAGAAGAAAUAUAUGACAGAAGAUGCAUGCUUGAAAAAGUUUGUGAUCGCAAAGCUUUUAGACUAUAAAUUGUCAGAUAGUAAAAUUGUUGGAUCACAAAUGCAGGAACUUCAACUUAUUUUCCUUGAUCUGAUUGCUAAGGAUAUGGUAGUAAAUGAAGCUUUUCAGGUGGCUGCAAUGAUCGAGAAGUUACCUCCUUCGUGGAACGACUUCAAAAAUUAUUUAAAGCACAAACGUAAGGAAAUGAAACUUGAAGAUCUUGUGAUUCGACUCAAGAUCGAGGAAGAUAAGAAGGCCGCCAGAAAGAAAUCUCGUGGGAUUCGACAAUAA